UCAUUCCGCUGACAGGCGAGAGAAAGAGAGAGAGAGAGGUUCCUGUAGCUUCGCUGGAAUCGCCGUGACGCGCUGAUGUUUGUGUGCUCACUUGGGUGAAGGAGAACUGAGGUACCCGCUUGAAAGGAGCAGUUGUCCGAAGAUAAUCUUUCAAAUAAAGAAACACCAUGGACGAAGAGGAGCAGUUUGUGAACAUUGAUCUGAAUGAUGACAAUGUCUGCAGUGUCUGCAAGCUAGAGACAGACACAGGGACCUUAUCGUUCUGCCAUGUUUGCUUUGAGCUCAGCAUUGAAGGAACAAGGUAUAAGAUAUACAUGCAAGGUGUCUCCCCUGCUACCUUGUUGCACUCGAAGUCCCUGCGUGGCCACAGAGACUGCUUUGAGAAAUGCCACCUCAUUGCCAACCAGAAGCUGUCACAUUCCAAGGUGUCCCGAAGUGCCUACGAGGGUAUGAAGCUGGCCCUCAGCCAGAAACUGAACCGCAUCAUCCAGUAUGCCCAGAACAAAGACUCUGUCUCCUCCAAUGGCCCUAGCAGGCGAGGUGGAAAGCUAUUUUGUUACAGCCAGCAGAGUGACUGCAAGCUACUUCCCCAGUCAGAUGCCCAGGUGCCCCGGUAUACACCCUGCUGGGACAAGGGCAAAGCAACAGGGCUGCCUGAUUAUGCCAUGGGGAUGUUGGAGUGCCACACAGCGGAGCAGCUGGGUCUGCUGCAGGAUACACAGUCUGACGUUUGGUCCAGUGAUGGCAGGAAAGGUCUGCACAACCGCAACCCAUCGUCAGGACAACAGCCGCAGCACAGACACCAGGGCCACAGCAGAGAUGAAUUGACUAAAAUGAGUGUGGAUGAACUCCAUCAGCUGAAUGCCCAACUACUGAUGCAGAUUCAAGAGGUCUUUGAGGAGCUGACUGUGGCUGUACAGGAAAAAGACUCAUUGGCGUCGGAGCUGCACGUGCGUCAUAUCGCCAUCGAGCAGCUCUUUAAGAACUGUGCCAAGCUGCCCUGGCUGCACAUUAGCAGGGCCGGGGUCAAGGCCAGCAGCAGCAGUGGCCCUGUGGAGUGAGGUGCUAGGAAGAAGCUGAAAAACACUUCAGUGUGCCGACUGCAGAAAGGCUGAAUAAGUCUUUAUGUAUACUAAGUGACUUUUCUGACACUGUGGUGACGUUGAGAUACUAUAUCUGCUUUAGAGCAGCUUUAAGGGCUGGGAUGACAUGGCCUUCCGUUCUCGUGGUUGCAGUGAUGAUGCAAGGAUUAAUGGUGGUUUGGCAUAUGACCUGAAUUCCACCCAGGAUGCAGGUCAAUACCCAGUGAAAUGGAGCUCAGAGUUCCUAGCCCUGCUGAACAGCGAGGACAUGUCCAUAUUGGGCAUGAUCCCAAAGAACAUCUUUCAAGAUUUACCUUAAUCCAGUCUGAAAAACAGUGUGUCUGUAUAAUGCAAAUGGUUGCUGAUGGUUUUAUUUUUUUUUGUUUUUGUUUUUGUUUAGUUUGCUGACAAACAUUCUAGGUUUUAUUCUCUGUAGAUACAUUUUGUUUACUUGUUUUGCUUCAUAUAUUCAAAUAUGGAUUUUAGCACUGUUUAAUACUCCUCCAUAUGUUACCUGAUGGCUCUCCAUGGACAGUGAUGAGUUACAGCUUGUUGUUUACAGCAAUACUUCAUGCAGAUUAGUUAGACUAUGCCAUAAUCGUACAGUCAUGCACUACCAGCAGUAGUGUUGGAUUGCUUUUCAAAUAUUAAGCAUUAACAAGCUUUAAGCAUUUUCCUACAGCUGCACACAGGCAAUAUAAUGGCUUAGAAUGUGAGUGUUAGAGUUGCCUUCAUACUGUCCUGAUUAGACAUGAUGGUGUAAAAUGGUCUGCUCUGAUAUAUUUUUCACUUUGUGGAUCAGAUAGAUUCAUCAGUAGUUGGCUAAUCUGGAAAAAGGCAUAUGCAAGACAACACCCAAAAGUCCCCUAAAGCAUCAUUGCAAUAAAGACAAAUCAGAGUGUGGAGGUGAACAAGAUUGUUCUAGCUGUACAGGUUUUUGUUUGUGAGGGUGAUGACUAUUUUGGGAGUGUCUAUGACCUAAUACUUUGUAACAGCUGGUUGAAAAUAUCAGUUAAUAAUUAUCAGUUAAUAUACCCUCCUAAAGUUAAUAUACUCGCUUAAAGGUAUUUUGUUUUUAACUCAACGUUUGGGUUUGUAGUGACUAGUAUUGUUGGUGAGAUUUACUUGAUACUUAGUACAAAGCUGUUUUUUUGUCUGUUGUAUAGCUGUCAAGCACAAGUCGUAUGUGUGGCUAUACGCUGAACGAGCACUGUCGGAAGAGGAAACCGUUGGAAAAGAAGUCUAGCUGCCAAACCAAAGUCUGUAUUUGUUUGGUUUUACAUAUGAACUACAAGCAUUUGACUUAGAUUCCAUUAAUAGAGGAAGAAUGCAAUACCAAACUGAUUUAAAACAUCUGUGGCUUAAAUAUUUCUUUUUUUUGUUUGGUUCAGUGUGUGUUGUAAUGAACCAGAGAUUUUUACUGCAAAAGUGUUGAUGUACUCAUGCCGUAUGUUUUAUUUAUCUUUUUCAUUUGUCUUUUUAUGUGCAGAUUUAACUUGUGUUGCCCUCUUUUUUUGUAUUGAUGUGUGAGAGCUUAGUUAAUGUCACAGCAAUACAAACAGGAUAGUCUACUGUGCCUCUGGAGCUUCUUGAUUUUUGAACAAAAGGAGACAAAGAUGAACAGUAACAGUUUUGCUUACUUUAUUAUUCAGGAACCCUAUGCAAGAAAGAGACAAAUAAAUCAGAAGCCUUAUUAAGUAGAAAAUAUCUCGAAGAUUAUUGGUUAUCUGAGUUUUCCUCAGAGGAGGUCACAGAGCUACUCGAGCACAAUAAGCUAUGGAAAGACGAGUCUAUAAUCAGACUGAUGUGUAGAAAAACUGUCGGUGUGUCUUUUCUGCUCUCUUUGUAAGAGAUGAAAUGUAUUUGACCCCUUUUAGGGUUUAAAGGCAAAUAUUUUAGCUCCAUUUUAAACUUUUAUCUUGGUAACUAUGUUCAGUGUGCUUGAGUGUAUGAGAGUAUUCCUUAAUGCAUUUCAGUUUUGUGAUUUAUUUUAUUUUUUUUUUUUAAUGAAUGCUGUGUAAUUUUGUGUAGUGUGGAAACAUGCCUGGGCCUACGUGGCUGCUCUGCUGAAAAUUCAGGCUGCCUAGUUCUGUUUGUCUGUUUUGGUGGUCUCAUUAUCAUUUACUGGAGAUGUAAGCAUACCUGUAACACUUCCAGCUUCUUCCUUUAGACUUGACUCAUUUGUUUUCUAAUGUUGGACAAGACUGCAUUUGUGUCGUGUGAUGUUUUACAUUCUAUUUAUUGUGUGUGCUCAUGAACCUUACGCAGCCGUUUGAUUUGUGCUUAAGUAUCAGUUUGUAUUGUUUUGUAAAAUAUUGCAAUAAAAUUAAAUUAUUUUUACUA